AUGUCGGGACCAGGAUACAAGUAUAACUGGUCUAAGCUAAAUAUUGUUUUAGCUAUCAUCAUUUUUAACCAGUCUCCUAAUUUAAAUGUUUGUGGAUCGUACUAUACAUGUGCAUACCAUUUAAAUCCUAUUUUACAAGAUGAUACGUUCGACAGUGAUGACGAUGCAUCCUUGGUUUCUGGAGAUGAAUUAAAAGAUGGAAUGCCUGACAGACCAGAGAAAAAACGCCUCUGUUUCAGCAGGAGUGCUUUCUGUGAACCAACAUCACGCCGGCCCCGUCUGCUAAUAGUAGGAAAAGAAGGGUACGGCCAGGUUUCUUACGUGGCACCCGUGGUGUUGCACGCUUUGGAGAAGUUUCCCGUUCACACCCUGGACCUUUCUGUUCUGCUUACAAACGUUGCACCGCCAGAAGAGAUCUGCAGACAGCUGAUCCGAAAUGCUCAGAAGACAGCACCAAGCAUAAUUUAUGUCCCAGAUAUCCAUUUAUGGUGGGACAACGUUGGACCUGCCUUGAAACUUACUUUUCUAACUCUAACUCUUCCAGCAUUUUCGCCAGUUUUGCUGCUUGCUACGUCUGAUGUACGUCACUCAGAUCUCCCAGAAGAGAUCCAAAAAUUAUUUAAUAAGGAAUUUGGAGAAGUGUGCAAUAUUGAGUUGCCUGGUAGGGCAGAGAGAGCAGCUUUUUUUGAGGACCUAAUUCUAAAUCAAGUGGCUAAGCCUCCUGUAAAGAAAACAGUUGAUCGGACAUUGGAAGUCCUGCCUGUAGCACCACCAGCUGAGCCUCAGAAGCCACAAGAGGAAGAAGUAGGGAUGCUGGAGGAGGAAGAGGAGGAUACCUUGCGUGAACUUAGAAUUUUCUUGAGGGACGUUACUCACAGACUUGCCACUGACAGACGUUUCAGGGAAUUUGCAAAGCCCGUUGACCCACAGAAGGUACCUGACUAUGCCACAAGGAUUAAAGAGCCGAUGGAUCUUUCAACAGUUCUGACUCAAAUUGACUCGUGCCAGUACCCCGCUGCAGGAGACUAUCUGAAGGACAUCGAUCUAAUCUGUAACAAUGCCUUAGAGUACUACCCAGAUCAAAGAUCUACAAGUGAGGAUGUGCUUUUUAGCCCUAGUUUAAAAAAUCUGUCAAACGUAUAGAUGGAUAAAUGCUGU